GUUAUAAAAACUGCCUGACGGUGAUCAACCAUCACCACCAUGUCCAAGCAAGUCCCAGCUACUGUGCAGCACCAUCUAUGGAAGAGCAAGGAUAUAGCUGGAGAAAUGUGAUUAACAGUGCAGGGGACUUCUAUGCAGAUGAGACUGUCUACCAUACGCUGCAGAAUGCUCCAGAAGGUCAAGUGGUGCAUGCUGCUGCUGGCCAGCCAAAAGCAGGGAAAGGUAGAAAAAAACUUCGACUGUUUGAAUACCUCCACGAGUCUCUGUAUGAUCCAGCUAUGGCAAACUGCAUCCAAUGGGUGGAUAAGCCAAAUGGUGUCUUCCAGUUUGUCUCCAAAAACAAGGAGAAACUUGCAGAACUGUGGGGAGAAAGAAAGGGAAACCGCAAGAUCAUGACAUACCAGAAAAUGGCCAGAGCACUGAGGAAUUAUGGGAGAACAGGUGAAAUCAUUAAAAUCCGGAGGAAGCUGACAUACCAGUUCAGUGCUGUGGUUUUAAAGAGACUUGCUCCGUCUUAUUUCUUGGGAAAAGAAGCAGCUUAUCACCCAUACAUUCAGCCUGCUCAAGACUAUCAGUGUGCAGAUGACUGGACCAGCUACAGUAAUUACAUGUACAACAAUGGCUAUGCCUUGCAGCACGCUAACAGCUAG